AUACACAUAAACAAACCGACACAUUACCAGCACAUUAUUACAAAAUCCACGAGUGAUCACAAUCUUGAAGCAGAAGCCAAUGAUGAAUUUUCUGAAUGGAACCAUCUCCCCGUGGUUCAUCAUUCCCAUGCUAGCUUUCUUCAUCUCACUAGCCUUUCCCACCAUAUUCAAUCUUCUAUCCAAACUCAACUCAAAAUCAGCAAAAAACUUACCACCAUCUCCACCGAAGCUUCCAGUAAUAGGAAAUCUCCACCAACUUGGCAACCUCACUCACCACACUCUCCAAUCCUUUGCCCAAACCUAUGGCCCUUUGAUGGUGCUCCACUUUGGGAAGGUGCCAGUUCUUGUGGUCUCAAACGCCGAAGCAGCACGUGAGAUUCUGAAAAACCAAGACCACGUUUUCUGUAACAGACCACAUCGUAAGAUGUUUGAUAUCUUCUGGUAUGGUUCGAGAGAUGUGGCAUCUGCUCCAUAUGGGCACUACUGGAGGCAGGUGAAGAGUAUCUGUGUGUUGCAUCUGCUGAGUGGGAAAAAAGUUCAGCGCUUUCGUAGAGUGAGGGAAGAGGAAGCUAUGAUAAUGGUAGAGAAAGUUAUGGAGAGCUGUGGUUCUCUGAAGGCAGUGAACUUAACUGAUUUGUUCUCUGAUGUGACGAAUGAUAUAGUGUGUAGGAGUGUUAUAGGAAGAAGAUAUGAAGGGAGUGUUCUUAGGGGGCCAAUGAGCAUGUUGGAAGAGUUUUUGGGGGCUUCUGUUAUAGGGGAUUAUAUACCUUGGCUUGAUUGGGUUGGAAGAGUUAAUGGAAUGUAUGGUAGGGCAAAGAGUGUGGCUAAACAGCUUGAUGAAUUUUUGGAUGAGGUUGUUGAUGAACAUGUUCGUAUGAGAAAUCAUGAUGGUGAUGUUGUUAAUGGUGGUGAUAUGCAGAAUGAUUUUGUCGAUAUCUUGCUGGAGAUUCAGAAAACAAGCUCCACAACAGAUUUCCAGGUUGAUAGGACUGUCAUGAAGGCUUUGAUCAUGGAUAUGUUUGGUGCAGGAACUGAUACCACCCUUGCAGUGUUAGAAUGGGCUAUGACAGAGCUGUUGAGACACCCAAAUGCGAUGCAGAAACUACAAGAUGAGGUGAGAAGUGUGGCUAGGGCAAAGACUCAUGUAACUGAGGAGGAUUUGAAUGAGAUGCCAUACUUGAAAGCAGUGAUUAAAGAGAUUCUGAGAUUGCAUCCACCAUCUCCUAUACUGAUUCCAAGGGAAUCCAUGCAAGACACCAAAGUGAUGGGUUAUGAUAUUGCAGUUGGCACACAGGUACUGGUCAAUGCUUGGGCAAUUUCCACAGACCCUUCCUAUUGGGAUCAACCUCUUCAGUUUCAACCAGAGAGAUUCUUGAAGAGUUCGAUAGAUAUCAAAGGGCAUGAUUUCGAAUUGAUUCCAUUUGGAGCAGGAAGAAGGGGUUGUCCAGGAAUAGCUUUUGCCAUGGUUGUGAAUGAGUUGGUUCUUGCAAACACUGUGCAGCAGUUUGAUUGGACUGUGCCUGCUGGAGUGGUGGGGGACCAGACAUUUUGCUUGUCUGAAACAACUGGAUUGACUGUUCAUAGAAAACUACCUCUUCUGGCACUUGCAUCUCCUCAUCUGAAGUCUUCCAAAUAACAUUGCAAGCAUAAACAAAAUAAGAGGCUGUCUUAUCAGUAAUUCUGCAUUAUCAGAAUAAAC